AUGGCUACUGAGGUGGAAAACCCGGUGGCUCUUGCCCCCAGCGCCGCGACGCCCGGCUCGACCACCGCCCAUGAGUCCAUUCAGACUCCCGGUUCCGCCAACAGGAACUCAACUCCCUCCCCGACUUCCGCCAAUGGCCAGGCGCCCUCUUCGCAAUCAAGGCGUCCGCCUCGCAAGAGCACCCUCACCCAGCAGCAGAAGAACCAGAAGAGACAACGUGCUACCCAAGAUCAACUCACAACCCUCGAGCUGGAAUUCAACAAGAACCCCACUCCCACGGCCACUGUCCGUGAGCGCAUAGCGGAGGAAAUCAACAUGACCGAAAGGUCUGUCCAGAUCUGGUUCCAGAACAGACGUGCCAAGAUCAAGCUUUUGGCCAAGAAGAGUCUCGAGACUGGUGAAGACAUCGACUCCAUUCCCGAAUCCAUGCGUGCCUACCUCGCCAUGCAGGCGAUGGAAUCCGGCAAGGGACUGGGCGGUCCUUUUCUCGGCCGCACCGGACUCUUGCCCUAUGGACACAACAGCAUGCUCCUCGGUGGCGACCAGAGCGGCCAGGGCAAAGUUUUGAUCCAUCACUUGACCUGUCGUUCUCUCAGCAUCGGCAAGUGGACUCGCGUUGGACAGAACACGAUGGAUCUCAUCAUCUUCUACUCCCCUGACAAGUGCACCAUGACCUACUACAUCAACAACGAGCAGGCUGGUUACAAGAUCGAGUACCCCUUCGCCUACAUCAAGAACAUCUUCCUCGAGAACCAGGAGGGCGACCCGAACAAGCCCGGCGGCAUUGUCAUCGAGCUUAACCGCCCUCCCAACUUCUUCAUGGACUCUUCUCCCCAGACGAGCGGCUUCUUCCAGUGCGGCGACUUCACUGAGGACCAGCAGGCGUCCCAGUGCCUUGUUCACCACCUUGGCGGCAACCCCAAGGUUCUGAGCGGUCAGCUGGCGAAGCUCGUCUCCCUGGAGGCAUUCAUGAACCGCAACAACCCUCACCCCUUCAUUGACCAGCAGCACGCUCUUUCCGUGUCCGCCCCCGUGUCGCCCACCGGUCGCCCUUCUUCGCAGCCCAACUUUGCUCAGCCUCACAUCGGUAUGUUCCAGGAGACCUGGGGCAUCAACAACAUGCACCCUGGCAUGCGCGGUCCUGGCCACAAGAGACAGCGUAGUCGUUCCGUGCCCAUGGCCGUCGACUUCUCCAUGCUCCAGACGCCCAUGCCCUCCUUCUACAUCCAGCAGCCUGGCGAGAUGCAGGCUCCUCAGACUCCCGGCCCUUACCUCCACGCUCCUGUUCCUCAGCAGCCUGGUGGCCUCGGCCCCAACCUGAGAAUCGACACCCAAGCCGGCUUCGGACUGGAUAUGCGUCAGUACCCCAUGUCGGCCACGACCGCUUCUCCGUCCGAGUUCCCCACGAGCCCUGCGUUCUUCUCUCAGCCCCCUGAGCCGAGCCCCCUCCCGACCUCCAGCUACAACACUCCCUACGGAAGUGCGUUCCUGUCGCCGAUGGCCAACCCAUCAAACAACAUGAUCCCGCCUUCCGUCUCCCCUCUGUCAUUCGGCAGCCACCACGAGCCCUCCAUCGUUGAGCAAUCGCCUCCUUUGUCCAUGCUCGGCAGACCCGCCUCAGCCGACAUCUACACCCAGGGCGACAGCGGGUCCUGCGCCGUUUCUGACGACGGCACUGGCCUGAACGAGAUGUACUCGAAGCACACCAUCAACUUACCGAUGCACCCUCAUUCUCCUGCGUUUGUCGAGCAAGGUCAGGCCGAUCUCGACAUGAACCAGCUGGUGCAAUUCGACAACGUUGACCCCAGCUCAUUGUCACCCGAGUCCAUGUCCCAUGUGCCUCAUCAGUGA